AGCGGAUAGGUACCAGUCCCCCGCCCUACCACAUCGCCGCUGUCCACUCACGGAUGGCUGGGGAGUUUGCCGCCGCUGCCCCCGCCCCCGCCAACAGCCACCACAUGCUCAAUAUGUCCCUGGACACGCCUUCCGAGCGGCACCCGCCUUCUGCGCCGCUUCGGCUCAACGAGACAUUCGACCUGGCGGACCUGGGCCGGCCGGAGGCGGCAGGGCGACGACCGAACGCCGAGAGUCGCCUUCAGCCCACACAGGAGGAGACCGGCCCGCCGAUCGAAUACAAACUGCCGCCCGAAGAGACUGACCCGCCGCCGUUCAGGUCGAAUGGAAAAUCGCCGAAUUCGGAAGCGACAGAUUUUCGAAAUCCGGGGUAUGCUGGUUCACAAUUUUCCCAUUCAAAGAGGCUGAGUUCCACUAAUGGCUUCGAAUUGAGCAAUGGUGAUGCCGUGAAUCACUCACCGGCUGUGUUUCGGAGUUCAAUCAGACAAGAGCGGACCGAGUCUUCAGAAAAAGGUGGAGCCGGUGAGACGGAACGUCCGGCACCCUCUGACGACUCUCCGUACGAGCGACCGAUCGUCAGCUCUGCGGCCGGACCAACGACGGGUCCCGGCGGCCCGCAACUGCUCUCCACAAUCAGCCAGAUCACCGACUACGACUCGAGCACCUCAGACAGCGCCGAGGCGGCGGCAGCAGCGGCGGCCGGCCGGGCUCGCGGCUCGCCGCUGCGGGUGGUGCUUGCAUCUCGUAUCCCCCGCAGGCUGAGCAGUCCUGGCCUGCCGGGGGUUCCGCUACCCGCUACUGCAGCCGCGGCGGCUCGAACCCGCGGCUCAACGGCGGCAGGUGGGGAGCCUGGCCCACCUGCCGGUCACCGGGCGUCCUCCGCUAGCCACGAUAUGUCUCCUCACCUGGGACGAAAUUCUCCCGCUGUCGCCGACACUACUCAUAGCAGAUUGCCUGCUCCGAGUGGUCUUCCUGCGCCGCACGGCAGACAGUGGACUCUUCAGUAUGCGAACGGCCCGGCACGGCCAUGGGAGCGACCCUCUGGUCCUCUCCCCGCCUCUGCGGAGAGACUGGAGUCGCCACGGCGCGGCUCGCUGCCGACAGAUCGCUCUCCCAACCGGCGUGCGUCGGAAACAUCUGCGACGGACGUGGUGGGGGCACAGCCCCGCGGCGGGCGCCCUGUCCCAACCGAUCAGCAGGGCGCGGAGACGGGGUCGGUGAGCGGUGCUCCCUCAGACUCCCAGCAACCGUCGCCGGCACCGCGCCGCUGGUCCAACAUGACAGGAAAUAGUGGAGUGCCGACACCUGCCGCCCGCUGGACAGGACCCCCGGUUAGCGGAGCGCAGACUCCGACCGGACGCGGUGGACCGCCGGUGCAACAGCAAGCGGUGGAAAGACUCGACACGCCGACAGGCGUCGGCGCGGUCCCGUCGCCCGGCGUAGGCGCCGCAGCACGCCGCUCGGCCGUGCCCGCAGUUCACGGUCGGUCCACCUCCCGGAUCCCAGUGUCGACCCGUCCGGGUCAGGUGGCGGCGGCUCCUUCUCCGGCCGCCCGCUUCGCCUGGCCGCUGCUGCCCACCACCGGCGGCUGGCAUCAGAUGGAGCUGACCAUUGAGAAGAAUCCCGGGCUGGGGUUCAGCAUCGCGGGUGGAUCUUCGGAGGGAGGCCAUUCAGGCAAGGGUGUGUACAUCAGCCGAGUGCACGCCGACAGUCCGGCCUGGGGCGUGCUCCGGCCCGGCGACCUGCUCCAGGCCGUCGACGACUGCGACCUCAGCGCCGCAUCGCACGAGCACGCCGUCAACGCCAUCGUCAACACGGGCUCCAGCGUGCGACUGCGACUGCUGCGGCCGGCCGCCGUCCAGUGAGCGGGCGGCUCGGCCAGACGGCUGGGGGUGCCGCGCGACCAACGAGCUGAUGACGGGUCAGAGAGCUAUUGGCAGAUAGCACGAAUGCCCAGGGGGAUCGAUCACUAAGGGACGCUGGCAACUUGGGAAGUGCUCUGACCUUGCACCUGUCCUGUCAGAGGCUGUUACAAUACGAGUGACUAUCCUGGUUUUACGUAGUUCCGGUCUUCCAAAGCGGUUUCUCGCGCCGUAUCAAUCAUAGAGGGUUGUUGAUUUUUCGUUUGUUUGAAAAGACUCAUGAAAUCAAUGAACGAAUGCUGAGCUAGUCAAUUUCAUUCGUAGAAGUUUGUCUACGAUUGGCGGAUUUGACCGCUUAUUCUUUAAAGAUGCUGUUCUGCAUUCUCUUAACUAGUGUAUAAUUUUCUCAAAUCCAGUCCAGUAACAUCGAAGUUGCGGUGGUUGGUGUGUAUUACACCUUGUUAUUGCUGCGGGCCCUGUAAAAGAGAACCACGCUUGGCCGGAUCUACGGUAGAUCCGGCUCCCCAUUGAUUGUUCGUGCUGCUCUGGGAGAUCCAGCGCGCAGCACCUCGCUCUGUACCCAAGUCGGUCGGCUAGAAUCAUCCAAAGAUCUGCGCUCUCGCGUUUUAUGUUAGAACCUCAUUGUCGGUGGGCCAGUACCGUACUAUGCUUGUAUGCAUGUGUGAAGGCUCGACUAUUCUGUCUUUCAAUUAUCAUGUAAUCAAUUAGAAUCAUUGAGAGUCUCAUCUUUUCACGUCAGCUCACAUUCUCACCUUUUCGCAUCGUGUCGCUAGUCUUAGCGCGGCGUGUCUGGGUCGGUUGACCGCUAAUUACAAUGAUGCUAAUCUUGUGCAAUGUAUGGCACGUCAUUGUGCUAACCUGAAACAUAUCUUUUGUAUCUGCAAAUGCACUGUGCUUCCACGAUAAUGUUCACUUGGCAGUUGAUGUCGGGGAGAUAGCUUAGCUUACCUAGGUAAAGCCUAGGAGGUAGCUAAGUCUGAAUUUCGCUCCUUUUGUUGAAUUUUUGCGCUCACGCUAGACUUACGUUUCAUCGGUGCGUGAAAUGACGUGUGUGAAAUCAAACUUUCACGUUUUUAUCAAUGUGCACUGUACGGUGGUGAGUGGAGUAUUUUGGGUUAUUGCUGAUCACGAUCAAAAUGUGUCAAGUUUCCAAAGAGUAGAUGUACGGAACACAUGUUUUUUUCUCGUUUUGGUGAGCUCGUACGGUCUGGAAAACGCGCAUGAGAAACCUGUGAUGACUUUGAACCUGCAUUUCCUGCCCUUUGUUCCAGCAAGAUGUACGUUAAGUUGUGUGCAUGUAGGUUUAUGCUUAGAGUUUAGGAUGCUGUUUCUUUUUUUGGAAGGGGAGGGACUGAGCUGGGUUUGAUAACGAGUUUUUUUUUUACAAUUACCAGUUAUGAAUAUGUUAUCAUCGCACCGAAUGCAUCUCUCUGACGGCUGACUCUUGUGCUUUUUUAAUGCGUACUCAUCUAUCAUUCAAACGUGUCAUCUCAUCUCUGUAAAAGUCACUGACGCGAUUGUUGACACCUGAAUCGCUCCGUCACAGGAACAUUCCGUCCGCCGCCCGGGCGGUGACGUUUAUGGGAGGGCAAGGCUUGUGUCUUACUGACUAUCUUGGUUAUGUAUGUUCACCGAUCUUUCAAGUGCUUAAGGCCUAGAUGCGAUUUUUGCCCGUUUUAUGUCGUCACUCGUCAACGCUGCAUGACUUGCUUUUGACAUUUGACAUUUUCACAACGAUAUCAGCACUUAUGUUAAUGCAUUCUAGUUUACUAUAUGCUCAAGGUGAUGUAAUGUGUAUGCAAUACAAGGUGUAGGCCUGCACCGCACCGUUA